AUGUUUGAGGCUAGAAAGCAUUGGAUCCCAGCGUAUUUUAGAGAUGUCUUUAUGGGAGGACUACUCAGGACAACUUCUCGUUCCGAAAGUGAGAACUACACGUAUAGCCGUUUUACUGGUCCCCAAUCAAGCCUAGUUGAAUUCAUGAUGAACUUUGACACUGCUCUUAAAUCACAACGUAACACAAAUGCAAAGCUCAACAGUGACAACAAAGGGUACAAUCCAGAUAUGAAGACGCCUCUGGGGAUUGAAAAGCACGCUUCAAUCGUCUACACCAUUACUAUUUUCUAUCAAGUUCAGGAAGAAAUAUGUGCCUCCUGUUUCAAAUGUAUGGUGUUGAGUGUUAGAGAAGACGGUGGAAUGUUGCACUAUGAUAUUAUGGAUGGAAAGAACAAAAGAUUUACUGUGGUGCACAAUGUAAAUGACCAUGAGGCCAAAUGCAGUUGCAAGAUGUUUGAGAUGGUUGGACUGUUAUGUAGACACAUAUUUGUGGUCUUUAGAGACCUUGAAAGGAUCCCUCUGAAGUACGUGGUUAAUCGGUGCACUAAGGAUGCAUCUUUAAAAGCUACAUUUGAAAUAGAUGGUGUCAUUUAUGAUCAGAACGAACCAAAGGAUGAAAAGAAGAUGUUGCUGAACAAAGUGUGGUCUGAUAUACACUGCUGUAUGGAUAUGGCAGGUUCAAACAUGGAGCAAUUGACUGCAUUUUCCCAAGUUAUUAAUGAACAGAAACAACUGCUACUGUCAGGAAAGGAGAAAUUGUCCCCUCAGCAAAGCAGGAGAACUGUUAUAGAAUCAUAUUGUGGAUCAACAGAAAUUUCAGAGAUCAACAUACUUCCACCGAAACAGGCAAGGAACAAGGGCAGCGGCAAGCGCAUCAAAAGCAGUAAGGAGUUGGCAAUGGAAAAACAAGAGGGUAGGAAGUGCAAUUUUUGUGGUGUUAGAGGAGAUCACCAUGACACCAGGACUUGCCCACUUAACCCCAAAAAUAAGGACAAGCAAAAGGGUAUGAAAAAGGCAUAG